AUGUCGGCUGCUCAGCGGCUUCCAGCAGACCAGGCUCAGCAGGCCGAAAUGCAGGCACGUUUCGUGCAGGAGCAGCAAAUGUCUGCUGUUGACGCUCAGACGGGAAUUGAGCAAGCGCCCAGGGGUACGGAACCCAUUCCCGAAUCUCAAUUGAAUCCUGCUUUUGAUAAGGUGUGUCAGAAGGCUUGCAAAGGGGCGGAUUGGAUGCAACCAAAGCAGGCGCAUGAGAGAUAUGGCUUGGAAUGUUGAAGAAGAGAGCGCUGAAGGGCCUAGCUCAGAUGCUGCUCCAUGCGCGCUCGGAGCUUCUCAAAGAGGCCCAAGCAAGCAGGCAGUUUCAGGUCACCUGCUCAGCAGUCCGAUUCGCGUUUACAGGCGCAAGUGCUCACUCACGCUUGCGUGUCCCCACAGGAUGAUCUACGACAAGGUCAUCCGCCUCCUGCAGUGGCCAAAGGUAUACGUAUUCCCAAGAAAAUCAAAGUCCGUAGACCGAGAGCUUUGAAAGGAAAGCCUUGGGAGAAGGGAGAGGGCGCGGAGAAUGUGACGGCAGAUGACAUGACUGACGAGGUGAGUCUUUGAGAGCGAUGCGACGUGUCAAGCAUGUUGCUCGCUAAUCCACACUGCAUGUUGACCUUGACCUCUGCGCCUAACCUUCCUCCCGCUCCCUGCAAUAAUCUCAGGAGAUCGAGAUGGAAGAGGUGCGUUUGCGGUCGACGUCUUGGCUGAUACUGCAAGUCCAGUGCACAAGGCGUGAGCUACUUCGAAGCUAACGCAUACACCUAUCCUUAACAGGAUGAAGCUGAAAAGAAACCGGGUCUGAUCGGAAAGAUCCUUGGCAAGAGUUGA